CCCAGGACUCUCCGGGCGUCAGGCCGGACGGGAGGUUGGUUUCGAGGGAAGUCGGGUCCUCGAACCCCGAACCCACCCCCGCCCCCGGCUUCCUCCCUGGCAUUGGAGUCCACCAUCAGGGGGGCUCUUCCACUCCCUGCCGCCGAGGGGAGGAUGCUGAAUGUGCACCUUCAAGGGGCGAGGCGAGCUGACGGUCCCGUUAGUAAUCGUGUGAAGCUGGGUUAUAACUAACCCGUCACCCCCAUCCCCCGACUGCGGCUCCUGCAACCCCGGUGCGCUGUGCGUGCCCACGGACAAGUGCAUUUGUAGUCAUGGAAAUGUGCGGAACGUGUCGUCUCUGGGGCUUCUCGAGUUUUUGCUUGAUCAUACCAGCAGUGCACUUCCCAUCAGGAUCCUGGGCCUGAAAAAAUAUGUGUAACACACCGACUUACUGUGACCUAGGAAAGGCUGCCAAGGAUGUCUUCAACAAAGGAUAUGGAUUUGGCAUGGUCAAAAUAGAUCUGAGAACCAAGUCAUGUAGUGGAGUGGAAUUUUCUACUUCUGGUCAUGCUUACACUGAUACAGGGAAAGCAUCAGGCAACCUAGAGACCAAAUACAAGAUUUGUAACUAUGGACUGACCUUCACCCAAAAGUGGAACACAGACAAUACUCUUGGGACAGAAGUCUCUUUGGAGAAUAAGUUGGCUGAAGGGUUGAAACUGACUCUUGAUACCAUAUUUGUACCAAACACAGGAAAGAAGAGUGGGAAAUUGAAGGCCUCCUAUAAACGGGAUUGUUUCAGUCUUGGCAGUAAUGUUGAUAUAGAUUUUUCUGGACCAACCAUCUAUGGCUGGGCUGUGUUGGCCAUUGAAGGUUGGCUUGCUGGCUAUCAGAUGAGUUUUGAUACAGCCAAAUCCAAACUGUCACAGAAUAAUUUUGCCCUGGGUUACAAGGCUGCAGACUUCCAGCUGCACACUCACGUGAACGAUGGCACUGAAUUUGGAGGGUCGAUCUACCAGAAGGUGAACGAGAAGAUUGAAACAUCAAUAAACCUCGCGUGGACGGCUGGCAGUAACAACACCCGUUUCGGCAUCGCCGCUAAGUACAAGCUGGACUGUAGAACUUCUCUAUGUGCUAAAGUGAAUAAUGCCAGCCUGAUUGGACUGGGUUAUACUCAGACCCUUCGACCAGGAGUGAAACUGACCCUGUCAGCUCUAAUCGAUGGAAAGAACUUCAAUGCAGGAGGGCACAAGGUCGGGCUGGGAUUUGAACUAGAAGCUUAAUGUGCUUUUGAAUAGAGCAUCAGCUUUGUCCCUGGAGGUGAAGAGAAGUCAACCCACUAUGUUUUGGCCUUAAAAUUCUUCUGUGAGAUUUCAAAGGUGUGAACUUCUUAUUCUUCCAAAGAAUUGUAAUCCUCCUCACACAGAAGCCUAGAUAUCGAGUCCAGCCUAAGGGAGGUGUGCCUGAAGGCAUGCCCGGAAGUUGUCAUGUUCGUGCCACGUUUCAGUUCAGUUCUGCAGUGUUAUUUUCAAUGUGUUGCUCAGCGACAGUGUAGUGUCAUGUUACAAAGGAGAUGACCCGACCCUCCAGUUGUCCAUCACGUCCUGCAUGUCCCACACCACUUUUUCAUGACCUUGUAAUAUAUCGGUCUCUGCGGUAGUGGAAUCUUUCGUUUUGCAUCAGAGUAAAAUAAAAUAAACCCAUCACAUUUGGAACAUAAUUGGUCA